AUCAAAAUUCCUAUUGUUUUCCUAUUCCUAUGGUUUAGGCUGUCACAUUUUGAUUAUUUAUGUAUUUCAAUUUUGGGUUCCAGAAAAAUGGAAUCAGAGGAAAUUAAAUUGGGAAAAUUAACUGAGGAGUCUUUAAAGCGUAAAGAACGUUUGCGUCAAUUACGUGGAAAAGCCCAAAAAUCCGAUAAAGAUUCUUACACUAAAGGAACCGAAGAGCUUCCGAGGCCUAUUUUUCGCAGUUACAAACCACAGAACGAAAAUACCGAAGGCGAAGUGUUAGACCAAGAACCAUCCGGUGAUAUUGAAAAAGCAGUAGAAGGGCAGUUGGAACUAUUGAAUCAGCCUAUGAUUAUCGAUGAAAUUGAUAUAGCAAAUUUGGCGCCUCGAAAGCCCGACUGGGAUCUAAAACGUGAUGUAUCAAAAAAGCUAGAACGAUUAGAGAGGCGCACUCAAAAGGCAAUUGCCGAGUUAAUACGGGAGCGGCUGAAAAAGAAUCAAACCGACCAAGAAAUAUUUCAGGCGGUGAACGUUGGUACGGCGCAUGCCGGUGAGGCUACUACAGUCGAUGAUGAUUAGUAAUAACCAACAACUAAUAUAUUUUAUCAUGUAAGGAUUUAUUUAAUACACAUAUAAAUAUGAUAUAAAAUAACAGAAAUUGUACAAAUUUACGAUGGUAUCUAAAUUGCAAAAAAAAAUAUAUAUGUAUAAAUAAUCGCCUAUUUGCGACGAGAACCUAAUGAUGUAGUAGACAAGUGUGGCGAAAUAUUUUCUUUACCAGAAGACUUCAGUUUCUCACGUAAUGCAUUUAUUUCUGAAAAAGGCAUUCAGUUUUCGUUUUGUAAAAUAAAUAGUUUGUACAUAUACGCUCAUUUACUUCAGUUGCGUCAUAAUGAAAAAAAUGCAAAUAUUGAGUUAACGACCGCUAUCUCUUCUAAUAAUAAUAUAAUAGAUCGGCGCUUACACUUGCGUUAGUGUUUGGCUGAGCUUCUCCUCCGAUUUGUGGCGUGCGCCUUGAAGUUGUCUCUUCUAUGUUGUGUAAAAAUUUCAUAUACAUAUUUAUCGAUUACCGGUAGCUCACUAGACCAGAAUAUGUAUUUUUUAGUCUUAGUAACAAUUAUUACCUUGUUUUAUAUUUCCGGUCUUAACUUUUAUUUGUUGAACUAUAAAAUAUUGCAGAUCUUAUUGCACUAAUGAUUUUGCAAAUAAAUGAAAUGAAAUA